AUGGCUACACAACUGGUACAGUUAAAAGAGAUUGAGAGGUUAAGUGCACGUGUAAUUCGGGUUCUGGGAGGAAACCCUGGCAAGUUUACUUUGCAAGGUUCGAAUACGUAUAUUGUCGGAACUGGGAGGCAAAGAAUCCUCAUUGAUACGGGAGAAGGAAAGCCGGCUUGGAUUGCGUCUCUCAAGGAAGCCUUGCGGACCGAGAACGCAACCAUAACAAAAGCUCUCAUCACCCACAGGCAUUACGACCAUGUGGGAGGCAUUCACGACCUAUUGGAGUUUUCACCAACCACUAUUAUAUACAAGUACCUGCCAGACGAGGGUCAAAACGAGAUCAAAGAUGGCCAGCAUUUCGAAGUUGAAGGUGCCUCUUUGAGAACCUUGCACUCACCCGGCCAUACCCGCGACCACGUGGUCAUUAUUCUCGAGGAUGAAGAUGCCAUGUUCACUGGCGAUAAUCUCCUAGGUCAUGGUACCGCUGUUUUUGAAGAUCUGACGGUAUAUCUGGAGAGUCUUGAAAAUAUGAGGUCCAAGUUCCAUGGGCGAGCGUAUCCCGGGCACGGAGCAGUUGUCGAAGGUGGCCCGAGCAAGAUCAUUGAAUAUAUCAAGCAUAGGCAGGUGCGUGAGAACCAGGUUAUCCAGACUCUGAAGUCCAGAAAAUCGCCCGCGAUUGAGACAAGGAAUGAACUUGAUGGCUGGACGACGAUGGAGCUUGUCAAGGUGAUCUACAAGAAUGUUCCUACGAACCUCCACCAGGCAGCGAGCGGUGGUAUUCUUCAGACCCUCCGGAAGCUCGAGGCGGAGGAGAAAGUUGUCAAGGACGCGAAUUCGGAGAGAUGGAGGCUGAAGAACCGCCCGACUUUGUAA